CAGCUGGCAAGAGUCUUAUGGCCCUCUGGUGCAAUUCUGUAAGUAACGCUGAUCUCGCUACAUGGGUAUUGAAUAGUUCUCGUGACUUGUCACAUUCCUCUAACCAUGAUCAAUACAUGUGCCAAGUUGUUCACCACUAACAUGUUACACUUUCAGACCGAAGCUGCCUCGGAGAAGCAUGGAUGGGGCUAAUUACCGUCGACUGGGGCCAUCAAGGCAAUACCGAGUUUGUCGACUUUCCCCUACAGAUAUCCAUUGCACAGCGGGAACCUGCAAUGUUUUAUGCCGUUCUGUCAAACACCAGCACCAUGGCUCCAGCCUCCAACGCGAUAUCGAUGCGACAACAACCCUUCAUGUCUCAGUGGUUACGACAUAAAGCCGUCGAGUCUCUCAGAGUAGCCAUCAUGGAUCCGAAGCGCGCUUACACUGAUGCUGUAAUCUUGACUGUCACGUAUGUCUACUUCAAUGAGGCGGUGCGAUCAGAGCGUGACAUUGCGCUCAAAGUGCAUGGUCCUGCAUUGAAGAGAAUGGUGGCUGCAAGAGGAGGUAUCGGUGCCAUUGCUGCAAAUGGCAAGGACGGUCUCAUUCUCUCGAGAUAUCUCUCAUGGUGUGAUCGCAUUAUUUCGUCGACCCUGGACAUUCCGCUUCUCUUUGGAGACUACGUCGAGGAUUCGAUUGUUAGCCAGACUUAUUAUCCUGGCAUGUGGUCCAGGGUACAGAAUCUGAUGUGAUGGCGAUCUUCAACGAAUAUUCAGAAGGUGGACGUGAACCACACAGAAUAGCACACUCCACACGAUCGAUCCCACCAAAAACCAGGAAUUGCUGCGAGGAGUUGCGUGAACACACAAACCCCUUCAAGGCCGUCACGGAUCAAUCGUAUUGGCUUCACCCUGGACAGCAGUGAUGGAGCCAGAAUUUAGUUCUGCCAAGUGUCGCAAAAUUGCCGACCAGCCAUCAUUACUGCAAGUCACCAACCA